UCACCUCGUCAUCGUCGAAAUACAUUUACUUCUACGUGUCACCUGGGCAUUGUUAAGAAACAAAGUCUUCUACACUAACAAUAUCAAUUUGUGAUUCAAUUUGAAUGUGAUUAUAAUAUUCGUUCCUACAAUAAUUUCCCUCAAUACGCGACUUGAUGCCUGUAUAUGAAGGCUACAAUAAUAUUUUCUUGAACAACUUCCUUCCACCAGAAGUUUGGUAGCUUCCCAUCUCCAUAUUGAAGUAAAACUUGUACUUCUCAUCAUUCUUUUCCUUCUACUUCAUUUACUUUUCUUCUUGAUUGCUGGCUGAUCUUACAAACUCCAAUGCCGUCUGUACCUAGAGCUGCGUACGAGGUUUCUCAUGAAGUAAGGCAAUAUCUCCCAACUUUUCGACAAAAAUAUCGAGCCCUACUGCGCGAAGCAACCUAUCUUCCUGACUCCGCCGCUCGAACUUUCGUACACGAUCAAAUCGUCCAACGAUACAAUCCUCCCAAUCCCACAAAACUCAAUCCGAGAUUUUGGGGCACCGAUUUUUUUCGGUCAAAAGUUGAUGUGAAGAAAUUGGAAUCAAGAUCUAAAAAGACGGCACAAAAAUUACAUUUACUAGAGCGUGUAAACCUUGAAGGAAGUUCCAAGGAUCUGCAACAUGUUUUACUGAGGACAUAUGGACGAGCUGGGGUAAAGAGAAGGGAAUUACUUUCUCAAUUGUUGAGACCUGGAGAGGAGGAGGUUCCGCAAGAUGACACAGCAUUGUCGCAUAUCAUUGAUAGUCAAAUUGCAAAAAAACUGGACGCGACAAGAGAUGUCGAUAUAGACAAGGCAACAGAUGUAUCCAAGAGGCAACGCCGUGAGCACAAAGAAAUAGCAUUAUUUAUCGCAAGUCAACAAGAAACCAAUCCGAUGGAAUCGAUGCGGGGAAGGAUAAAAAAUAUCAAACCAGAUAUACCAUUAACGAAUGCAUGGGGACGCAAACUUCCAGUGAAGCGCAAAGCCAACAUGCUACGUACAUGGUGGGCUAAUCUUCUGGAACGAGUUCUACCUCCAUUACCUGAACAUGAAUGGAAUAGGUUGAGAGAUUUAGCAGAAGGAAUGCAACCCAUCGAAUACGCACCUCCAAGGCGGAAACCAGCGAUUCUUCUCAAUUUGGAUCCAUCCGACAAGUCCAUCGGAGAAGAAAUGAAUUCGCUAUAUAAUGAACCAGCCAGACUGCAUGCAAAUUUUUGGGCCGAAUCAAUGGGAAAAGUACGUUCAGAGACUCCGGAAAUCCCUGAUGAUGUAAAACAUAAUUCGACACGAGCGAGGCGAAGAAUGUAUCGCAUGAUUUGGAGUCUUUCAUCGAAAAUGGUGCAGGAUGAAAAUACUAGAAAAUACACAAUAACUUGGGGAGGACAACGUUCACUGGCUGCUGCAGGAGAAAUCACCAAACCAUCAUUAAAAGAUAAUGAAUUUUUCGAAAUGCCAAAGGAUGGGUUGCUUCAGGCUACCACGGACAGAAAAAUUAGAAAGUCGGCUGAGCGUGAAGCAAAACAACUGGCAAGGUAGAGAUUUCGUCAUUGUCUAAGAUGUAGCAUACUUCCUGUGCUAGGAGAAACUUUAUACCAUAAUUUUCAUACAAUUAAUUGCUAGCUUGACUGAU